AUGAUUCCUGAAUUUUUUAAUUCAAUGGGAGCCAAACACAGUCAUCCAGGCUCUGUUCCCGCCUCUGAUCACGAGCAUCUUGUCACUACGUUCACAAGAACCCCUACCACAACUCCGCAUAGUAAAUAUGUGGUUUCAGUUGUGAUUGGUGUCUCAGUUGGUUCUGUUAUUCUUGUAUUCCUUGUCUUUAUUUUAUGUGUUUACUUCUUGAAACGGGUGGACAAUCAAGCCAAUUACAGCCCACAUGAAGAAGAAUCCCGUAUGUAUCGUCCGAAGGGACUGAGAAGUGUCGCAGUUUAG